AUGGCGAUACUCGAUCGCUUCAAGGCGCAGUCGCGCUCGCCAGCUUCUUCUGUGGCUGAUCCAGAGAAGAAGCCCCAGAUUCUUGAAAUUGGCAUGCGCCAGAUCUUUAGACCAAGGAUUAUCGCCAUGGCUAUCAUUACUUCAGGAUACGAUACCGGUCAAAUCUCAGGUUUUUUGGAGAUGCCAGACUUCCUAGAGAAGUUUGCCGACCAAAAUGAGAACGGCGAACGGUCAUUCAGCAACUGGAAAUCCGGUUUGAUAGUUGCAUUGCUAUCAAUCGGUACCCUGAUGGGUGCGCUCAUUGCUGCGCCCAUAUCCGACAAGUUUGGUCGCAAGUACUCCAUCAUCUUCUGGAACAUCAUCUUCUGUGUUGGAGUCAUCGUCCAAAUCGCAACCACCAACAUAUGGUACCAAAUCUCGCUCGGAAGAUGGGUCGCAGGUCUCGGGGUCGGUGGCCUCUCGGUCCUUACGCCUAUGUACCAGUCCGAAACUGCCCCAAGAUAUGUGCGCGGCGCAUUGGUGUCUUGCUACCAGCUCUUUAUCACCCUUGGUAUCUUUGUUGCAUACUGCAUCAACUUCGGCACGGAGAAGACCCCAAGUUCAGCGUCCUGGAAGAUCCCCAUGGGCAUUGGCUUCAUCUGGUCGUUCCUGAUGAUUGUCGGCAUUCUGUUCAUGCAAGAAUCCCCCAGAUGGGAAUACCGUCAGGGCAAAAUCGAAAGCGCGCGCCACACCAUCGCGCUCAGUUACGGCGUUCCAGAGGACCAUCCCCACGUCCAGACCGAGAUCCGAGAGAUCGAAGAGAAACUCGAGGCUGAACGUGCUGGCGGUGAACAUCACCCAUGGUACGAGAUCUUCACUGGCCCACGCAUGCUGUACCGUACCCUACUCGGUAUCACACUCCAAGCUCUCCAGCAGCUUACAGGCGCCAACUACUACUUCUACUAUGGCACCACAAUCUUCAACUCCGUCGGUAUCCAAAAUUCCUACGUCACCUCGAUGAUCCUCGGCGGCGUAAACUUCGGCAUGACCUUCCCCGGCCUCUACAUCGUGGAAAAAUACGGCCGCCGCCCUUCCCUCAUCUGGGGCGCGCUGUGGAUGUUCAUGUGCUUCCUCGUCUUCGCCUCGCUCGGCCACUUCGCCCUGCCCAACCCCGACGGCUCCACGAACCAGGGCAUCGGCUACGCCAUGAUUGUCUUCGCGUGCCUGUUCAUCUCCGGGUUUGCGAUGACGUGGGGCCCGAUUGUGUGGGCCGUCGUUGGCGAGAUAUACCCCUCGCGGUAUCGAGCCAAGUGCAUGGCGCUGGCCACUGCAUCCAACUGGGUCUUCAACUUUCUCAUCUCUUUCUUCACGCCGUACAUCACAUCGGCGAUUGAUUACCGCUACGGAUACGUGUUUGCGGGGUGUUGUUUCGCGGGCGCGGUGGUUGUGUACUUGUUUGUUUGCGAGAGCCAUGGGAGGUCGCUGGAGGAGAUUGAUACCAUGUAUAUCCUCGGUGUGACGCCGUGGAAGAGCAAGAAUUGGCACCCGACGCCAGGCGAGGAUCUGCCGAAUUUGGAUAGUACGUAUCUUACGCCGGGCGCGAGGGGCAUUCGAAAGAGGCAGGAGGCGAGGGUGCCGGAACAGUUGAGGAGAGAGGAGGUGCCGGUUACAGAGGCUGAUAUGCUGGCGUCGGGAGCGAGGCCGGUGCAAUAGAUUCAUAGCCGGACAUACGCUGUGCGUAUUAUUAGACAAAGCAAACAAUGCCAUCGACGUCUUUCAGUUGUA